ACACAUGCUCCCGUCAAGCUGUGGCCUUUUCCUUAUCAUAGCACGAACAUUUCCUCGAUUCUCGCACCGCUGCCGUGGUGCUGGGUUGCGAGAUGACCAUGCCGACCCCCCUUCCUGCGGCCUUCCCGCCUAUCAUUGACAUGAAUACCACGACGCAACAGCCGCGGUCGGUGCGCCGGCGACUCGUCCAUCUACUAUCGAGACAAUGGGAUGGGCUACUGGCACUGGUCAUUGUGGUGGUAGCCCAGCUGCUUAUGGCGGGUAUUCAGUACUUGCUAGACGGGAACCGCGUUGAUCUCCCCCCUUCUAUCCUCGCCAUGGCCGUCGUCUUUAUGGGAUUCGCCGUUAGUGGCUACUUCCUUCCGGGCGUUGACAAGUUUUAUCAACGACGGCUACGUUGUUCGGCCGAUCUCCUGAACCGCCACAUGUCCAUUGGCUUCACCAUACCAUUUGUCAUGAUCUGCCGGAGCCCGCUCGCUGACGGCCGGACUAUUGGGUUGAUCGUUUUGUGCUUUGUUCUCACCGGCGUCUUAAAUACGGUAUUUUCAUACUUCCUUGCUCUGCCGUUGCAGUGUAUCAUGGUACGCUGGGACAAACGCUCUAGUGACCACGCAGACCCUGGUGUAGGGGUUAUAGACGGGCGACGAGGCCAAAAGCUUCGAGGGCCGAUCAGGUCUAUAUGUGACGUUGCAUCAUUGGAUAGCUGUUUAAAACCCAGCGCAGACGAGGCCAGCGAAGAGGCACAGCCUGAGGAGAAACAUUCUGUGUCGCAACACGAAGAGAGUUCGCCCAGACACAAUCGAGAGAACACCAAACGACCGCCCAGAUGGAGCCAGAGCCGCCAAUGGGCCCUGCGGAAUCCGAUGUUGAUCAUCUGCUGGCUUCUCACGACAUUUGUUGGCAUCCCUCUCCGAUAUGCUAUCCAUAAUGAUGCGGUUCUAUCAACGUGCCUCCUAUUCUCGAUAUGGCUGUCUUUCCUUGCCAUUCAGGUCGGGAUCAAAUCGAGUCAGCGACUCCGCCCUUGGCUCCGCGCGCUUCUGUGCGGCAUGUUCAAUGCGGUUCUAUGGACGUCCCUGGCGAUGAUCACCUAUGUCUUUGUGGACGGCGCCAUCAGCCAUCGGUCGCUCCCCUCUAUGCUGGACACUUUGCAGAGAAACAUCACGUUCUCGACAUUCUUCCUUCAAGCCGUCAGGGGUGACUCUCUCGGCCAGUCUAUGGCUGCUGGAGACAUUGCCCUGUCUAUCCUCAAUGCAGGCCUGGUGUCGUGGGGACUCAAGCUCUACGAAUACCGGCAGCAGCUCCUCUCGCGUGCGGGACUCACAGUAUUCACGGUUUCAUCAGUUGUUGCGUUGGGCAACGUCGUAUGCGGCCCGCUGCUGGCAUACGUCGUGGGCUUGGGACCUGCAAGCCGGGAUCUCGCUUUCGCUGCACGCAGCGUCACCCUUGCCCUCGGCAGCCCCGUCAUGACUAGGCUCGGUGGUGACAUCAGCCUCAAUGCGACUAUGGUGGUUAUUAGUGGCAUCGUGUACCAGAUGGGUUUGGGCUUUGGUGUGGGUGUUUGGCUAGAGCAAAAGGUCAUUUCAGUCUCACGUCGCCUUACCGCGACCAGAACUGGGGAGUCUCUCCAGCAACAGCAACAACAUCAACAACAUCAACAAGAGGUCUGUGCCGCCGCCGCCUCUCCCGCCGCUGGGCUGCAAGCUACCCCAGGCGCAACCACUACUACUUCUACCUCGUCGACCACGCCGCGCGUCGAUUACGACACAGAGGCACAGCAAAAGUGUGCUGCCGCCGCAACAGUCGGGUCGGCCCGUGCCGGCAGUUGCAGCGCGGCCUUUCGCCGAGACACGGGCGACCCCUACCAAGUCGCCGCAGGGAUUACCAUCGGCAUCAACGCCGCCGCAAUGGGCACCGCCUACCUUUACGAAACGAAAAGCGACGACGCGCCGUUCGCUGCGCUGUCGAUGAUAGCGCUUGGGGUAAUGACGGUGGUAUUUUCCACCAUCCAGCCAAUUGCGCACUGGAUCGUAGCAAAGGUCGCCACUGGAGACCUUGCCUGAUCCGAAUAAUUACGAGUGAACAAAAUCAGUUUUGUAAUUUUUUGAGGCGUACAUAGUUCGAAG